AUGAGGGAAGGGGAAAGAGGAGACCACAGUCUACCAAAUGCUUUCACAGUCCUCCCUGGCAGUCAGAGGAUUCGCCGAUCAAUGUACUGGAAAGAUCCACCUCCAGACUACCAUGGCAUGGAGACUGCACAGAUCCUCUCCAUGAGGAAUGGUGUGAGGGAAAAGGACUUGUGCAAUCAAUGUCUGCGGAGACAGGAGGAGCUUCUGUGGGUGCUGAGAACUGAGUGUGAAGGAGUAUUACGGACAGCUCUGGGCUCACCACACGGGACUUUGGCCAACCACAAGACAAGAGAGAUGAACCAGGACCACACAAUGGAGAAUCUCUUCCUUGCACCCCUAAGUCUCCUCUCCACCCUGGCAGUGAUCCUCCUUGGGGCCAGAGGUGACAGUGCCUCUCAGAUGGAAAAGGUACUUCACUUGAAGGACUUUGUAAUGACUUCAAAUUCAUCCAACACAAAGUGUGCACAAGAUACAGGAGUCCAUGCGGGCAUUUCUGCGCUCCUCUCUGAGAUCAAGGCCAGCCACAGCCGGUUCCAUAUGGUGAGUGGAAUGUUUACAGGAGAAGCCCAUCCUUUCCUUCCGAAAUAUUUAGACUGUAUUGAACAUUUAUACAACCUGAAACCUGAACAUUUGGAUUUCAAAAAUAAUUUAGAAAAAUCCAGAAUGUAUAUUAACUCAUGGAUUGAAAAGAAAACAAAAGGUGAAAUCAAAGACAUCUUGGCCCCCAGCAGCCUUGCCUCCUCAGACCAGUUGGUGCUGGUUAGUAGUUUCUCCUUCAGAGGGAUCUCAAAGGAUGCAUUUCAGAAAGAACAAACCAAAGUAAUGGCUUUCAGGCUCAAUGAGUACAAAAGCAAGCCGGUGCAGAUGAUGCAGCUGUGUGGGCGCUUUAAACUGGGCUUCAUAGAGGAACCUCGGGCCCAGGUCCUUGAGCUACCCAACGCCCAAGACGACCUGAAGAUAAUCAUUAUCCUGCCCAGUGAGGAUCUCGGCGUGGGACAGAUUACUAGAGAAAUCUCUUAUGAGAAUCUGAAAAACUGGGCAAGUGCAGGCAAUAUGAAAGGCAUAGCCAGGGUACUGCACAUGCCCCAGCUUCGACUGGAGGAACGUCACGAAGAUCUGUCCUUCAUCCUGGAAGCUUUAGGAAUGACAGACAUCUUUGACAGUGCAAAGGCGGACUUGUCUGGCAUCACUUCUGCAGGAGGUCUCAUGGUUUCCAAGAUAAUCCAUAAGGUCGAGCUAGACUUUACUGCAGGGAAUUCAGAGUUUGAAUGCACCAAUCAAACGAGCCCAGCGGAAGCUCCUGAAAUCAUCAAGGUGGAUCACCCUUUCCUCUUCUUGAUCCUACACAAGCAAACGGAAACGAUUCUCUUUUAUGGGAGAGUCGCCUCCCCUGAAGGGAAGGAUUGA